CUACGUAAACCCGCAGUUGCGCAGUGUCGACCGUAGAAAAGUCCUUUUUAUGCCUAGUGUUGAACGACUAGCAUCAACCGAGCAUCAAGAUGCAGCUCUUCGUGCGUGCUCAGAACACUCACACCCUUGAGGUGACCGGACAGGAAACUGUUGGACAGAUCAAGGCCCAUGUCCAGGCUCUGGAGGGUCUUCUGGUCGAGGACCAGGUGCUGUUGUUUGGUGGAUGCCCACUUGAGGAUGAUACCUCUCUGGCUUCCUGUGGAGUCUUGGAGCACUGCACUCUGGAGGUAGCUGGCAGGCUGCUGGGAGGCAAGGUCCACGGCUCCCUGGCCCGUGCCGGAAAAGUGAGGGGACAGACUCCCAAGGUUGACAAGCAGGAGAAGAAGAAAAAGAAGACUGGCCGUGCCAAGCGUCGCAUCCAGUACAACAGGCGCUUCGUGAAUGUUGUGCCCACAUUCGGAAAGAAGAAGGGACCCAACGCUAACUCCUAAAUGCUUCAAUGGCCCAAAGGAGAAGCUUGAUCACUGUCCAUCAGUUUUUAUUGAGUAGAAUGUUAUCCUGUACAUAAUAAAACUUGGCUUGGACAGAAA